GAUCCUUCUCGCCCUUGUUGUCAUGGCAACAGCCGCGGACGCUGCAUCCCUCUGCAAGAACGAGGAAACAGCCGUGGCCGACCUGAAGGAAGCCGCCAUCUUGGAAGCUGCACCACCGGUGAACGUGACCCUGUACUACGAAUGCCAGUGCGGCGGCUGUCAGCAAUUCAUUACAGACGUUCUGUCCAAAGCGGUUGACGUGCUCGGAGAGAAGGGCACCUACAUGGACUUCAACUUUAUUCCUUACGGCAACGCUCAAGAAUCUUAUGACAAGUCCAAGAAAAGGUGGGUCUUCACUUGUCAGCAUGGCCCUGGAGAAUGUUGGGGAAACCUAGUGGAAACUUGCGCUAUCCACUACAAGCCAAAGUUCGAGGACCACUACAAGUUUAUCAAAUGCUUUGAGGAAAACUUUUCCUACCCAUCAUCUGAUUGGAAACCGGUUCUGGAGAAGUGCGGAAAACUCCACAAUAUGCCCGUGGAAGAGAUCGCGUCGUGUGUGACCAGUGACCUUGGGAACCAACUCGAGCACCAGAUGGCGGAGAGGACCGUAGCCCAGCAUGUGCUGUGGGUUCCUUGGGUCGUGAUCAACGGAGUUUUCCACGUAGCGUAUAACUUGGACCUCUUGACACCGGUGUGCAAAGCUUAUACCGGGCCCAAACCCAAGGGGUGUCCUCAGUGAGCUUUGACAUGUGGUUUAUGGCGUCUGUGGUCUUGGGGUUAGGCUGUUGGGCUCGCAACCAAAAUGAUAUAGGUUCCCAUUUUCACUUACAUAUAAUCAUUUUUACAGCAAGAAACUAUAGGAUAAAUGUUUAGUAUUCUAAAUAGAACAUAUUCAGUAAAAUCUCUGAACGUUAAAGAAGUUCUACUUCAUAUUAACAAAAUGCAAUAUUUCCUUAAAUGGUUGGGCCAUGUCAGCAUUGUAUUUCAAAUAAUAAUAAUAACUAUGAUAAAAAUAAGAAUAACAACAACAACAAAUCCAGAUUAGUCUCAUUUUUUCUAAUGAGCGUUUUAUUG